UGACGACGAGCAGUGCGUACGUUGAGCUCACUUUAGGCAGAGUAAAGUGACAAAGCGGGAAAGUUCCUCAGACUGUUUGCGUUGUGUGACACCACCGCAUGUUGAGUUGAACGUUUUGGAGAGUCGGGACGAAGGAACAUUUUGAAACUGUCGAUAUAUCAAAUGAGUUUAUCUGCUGGUGUUUGUAUGUAAUUUUCAACAGAGAACGUGAGGAAUCGGACACGAGGAAAUCAUUUGUUGUCGCCGCCUUUAAUUGUGUCGUCAUGUCGGCGAAGCGACAGUAACUCUGGCGAGAAAUAAUCUAUUCAUCAAGACCUCAUCGCCAUCACGUUUUAGCAAUGGAUAUGAGUGGGAAUAAAGACACACUGCUGAACUUAACGUUGGAGACCAACCUAACCGAAGAAACCAAUGGAACGUUACUUGAAGAAUCGAGUUUGGAGUGGGUACCCCUGGACACUUUUAUUGGCCUUGUGCUGGCCUUUUCCUCCUGUUUCUUCAUUGGUAUUUCAGUGAUAUACAAAAAGCUUGCUCUUCGUGACAUUGAGGCCCAGGGAGGAACUCGUGCUGUGGAUGGAGGUUAUGGAUAUUUGCGCCUACCCAAAUGGUGGCUGGGCAUCUCUCUCAUGGGUCUGGGAGAGCUCACCAACUUUGUGGCAUAUAUAUUUGCACCAGCCAUUUUGGUUACUCCCCUUGGUGUAUUUUCUAUUGUAUGCACAGCUGCAUUAUCUCCAUAUUUUCUGAAAGAGCGUUUAGCCAUGCUAGGGAAACUUGGAUGUGUAUUGGUGCUAGUGGGAUGUGUUAUAGUUACACUUUGUGGACCUAAAGAUAGAGAAAUUGCAAGUAUGGAAGAACUUCAGUCUCAACUUCUUCAUCCAGGAUUCUUGAUAUAUGCCAGUUUGGUGGUUGUUGUUUCUGCAGUUUUCAUGGCACUGGUACCCCGCUAUGGUCACAGAUAUGUUCUAUUAUACAUCACCAUUUGCUCUUCCUUUGGUUCUCUCUCUGUCAUGUUCUGCAAAGGUGUAGGUCUGGCAUUGAAGCAAACUUUUAGUGGUAUUAAUGAAUUUACUAACUGGGCCACUUGGGUUUGUUUAGUGGCUCUUGUAGCAUGUUUGCUUAUUGAGACAAUUUAUAUGCAACGUGCACUUGAUCUUUUCAACAGUUCUGUCUUUAUGUCUAUCAAUUAUGUGCUUUUUACAUCCCUCGUAAUUAUAGCUUCAUCCAUAUUGUACACAGAACUAAGAGAAAUUGGCUGGAAAAAAAUUGUCCUAACACUUCUGGGUUUCAUUGUUAACAUAGUUGCCUUGUUUCUUCUACAUCUGGAUAAAGAAAAUGGGGCACAACAGACACCUCCUGAAGCACGAGACACCUCACCCGAGUCACCUCAGCCCAUUAAAGUUCCUGGAGGUGGACUAGACCAAGGUACACCACUCUUAAGUAGAGCACCUGCUUCACCAUUAGCAGGGCUUAACCUUACACACAAUGUAUUUCCCACAAAAACUAAUUCUUGCAUGUCCUUGAUAAGUCAGAAAUCUCAGCUUCGGCAUGCAAGGGAAAAUAACCAUCACCAUCCCCUUGACAACAUUGAAGAUGAUACUAGCCGUCACAGCAACAGCAGCAAUAGUAGCAGAGGUGGCAGCAGUAGUGCAGAAGGAAGCACUAGCAGUGGGCCAAGCAAGCAGGAAGAUGGGUGCGAUGCCAGGCGAGGACAUUGCCGCUCAGCUUCAAGUUGUAUGUGUGAGGUGCCACUCCUUAACGAACUUCAAACAUCAACAACAAAAUUCACCUCACAACCAUCAUCUCCUCAAAGUGAUAUUAGCAAAAAUAAUAACAAUAAUCGUAGCAGGAGCAGUAGUUGUAGCAGUAAAGUAAAUGAAGUGGCUGUAAAUUUAGAAGCAGAGCUGGAAGAGCGGUAUAGUCAUAAUAAAGCUCUAGUUUGACAUAUACUUACCAAAGUCCAUAUAUAGUGCCAUAUAUGCCAAAAUAUGGAUGGCAUAAUAGUGCUGUCCAGAUGCUACAUUAGUUAUGCAUACCUAUUAAGUUACACAAUGCUGUAAAGUUUAUAAGUGAAACUAAUAUGAAAAUACCAGAUAUUUACUUUGAAAACAGUGACUAAAAGAGUCCCUCUGAGCAGCAAGAAUCAGAGCAAUAUUAUUUGUGUUUAUAUAUAGUGUACAUAUGAGGUAUAAUCAUUUUACAGUUCACUCUUACAGUCAGGAAACCAUAACCUAGCUGUAAUGUUGGACAAGGGAAAUUCUUGUAACUAAAGGCAAGGAAUAAUACAUUAUAUUUUUAUUUUCUUUUUGCAGAUAACUUUUAUGUAUGUAUACUAUUUAUACUGUGGAAUCUCAUAAUUUGAUGACAUUAGAUUUUUUAUUGCUAAAUGAAGUAGAAUGUUAGUUUAAGAGAAGCUAAUAUUAUGAAUAAUGAUAUUUUACAGAAUCUGAUAAUUAAACAUAUAAACAAGUAGGAUGUAACAUCAGAUUCUAAACAAUAAUUUAUGUUAGUGCUACUAAUAUAAACAGAUCAUUUUAAAAUCUCAACCUUGGUUACUCUUCCUGUAUAUAUAUUUAACCAGUUAAUCAGUAAAACUGCUCUAUGAAUUUAUAUGUCAUUGCGCCUUUGUUUUACCAAUUACAGUAUUCACAUAUUCAAGCUAAUGAAAACCGGUAAAAACACAGCUGGUUGAUCUCUGAAGGUUGUUACUAGUUAUAAAAUAGAAUGACUAAACUUUAUGAAGUCGUAUUAUAAUUCAUAUAUGCAUAAUAUUCAGUUUGUUUCUUUCAUUAAUUCAUUACAUUAUUCAGGAGUUCUACACUUCACUAGAGUAAAACUCGGGAAAAAGUUAUUAUAUUGAGGUAACAGUGUGAAAAGAAUGCUGAUGCAAUCUGGAGUCCCAUUAUGUGUUUUGCAUUUAUUAUUUGUCUAGACUAUAUAUAUUCCAGUAACAAUGAGUUUGGCAUUACCCUACAUUGUACUGGGUCUUCAGUGCAUGCAGCAUAAAUCUACCUUCUAUUUUGCCUUUACAGUAAUGUGACUUCUCUGUUGAAAUACAUGUAAAAUAGCCAAAGAAGUGAACUUUUGUUAAAGUAUUGCAUUGUAUAUGCAGUAAUGGCACUUCAUUUGUGAAGGUGCUUAUUGAUAAGAUAACACCUUUCUUUUACCAUUAUCAAGAGCCUAAAAAAUCAAAUGUAUCAUAUUCUAUAUAUAAUAACAAAAUAUACUAAAACAAUCUGGCCCUGUCAUGCAGUUUAUAAGAAAUAGAUUCACAUAUACAUUUUUUUUACAGAGUAAAUGUGAAAAAGGAAACCUAACACAUUAAUCCUAAAUGCUGAUUUCUUAUUAUAAAUAAGGUUAUUAUAUUAUAGAUUAAUAACCACUUCUGUAUUUUGUCUUCUAAUUCUUGGACCACCACUUACAUUACAUUUGUUUACUUCAUUUUUUAGCACAUGAGUGAUAAUCAGUUGACAUAUUUGAUCAUAUUUGCAAAGCAUCUACUAAGAAAGUCUCUAGAUGUUGGAAUGAUACAAGAGAUAUUCUGACAAAGAGUAUUGUUAUUUUGUUACUUGUUAUUUUUAUUUUUCAUUUUUCUUUGGAUGGAAGAGAUGUUUAAUUCCAACAUUUUAGUUUUCUUCUGAUUAUCAACCUGUGUAGGAGUACUUGUACAUUAUUAUGAAUUGAAGUUUGUUUGUUUGUUUGUUUUUUUACUUCAUAACACUGUGUAUUAUGUUUGUAGUUAUUACUGAAUAUAUUUUAUGUAGAUAAGUGGUAACUGCUUUAUCACUUUUACUGGGUUGUUAAUGUUUCCAUCAGUUCCAUGUCUCAUCUUAGAGAUAUAUUUUUUAUAAAUACUACCACUAAAUCAUUGUGAAUAUUAUCACUUAUUAUUCCUAUCUUAUUUAUUGCUGGUAACUGUAAGCAUAAUUCACUUAGUUAUUUUUAGUAUUGUAAGGAAUAUUUAUUUUUCAGAAUUUGGCAUAGCUAUUUUCGAAUGAUAUAGUGUGAAUGUAAUCAAUGCUGUAAAUUACUUUUGCCUUAAAAAAAAUAUUUAGGGUUGGCUUCUAUAAAUCUCUUGAUCCACUAGCCUGUAAAUUUUUCAGUUUGAAAUUUUGUAAUAUUUCUUCUCACAAUAAACAUUUGAUAGGUAAAUAACCACCCCUUGAGAAAAAAAAAAAAAAACGUCUCACUUUUUGCAGGGAAUAAAUAUUCUUUUUUGUCUCUCCAUUAAUAACAUGUACCAGCAGCUUACAAGAUAUUUACUUUAAAAUAUAUCUUGAGAGUAAUGAAAUUUAACAAUAGAUAGUAAUAGAUAGUUAUUAGUUAGCUGCAAGUUAGCAGUAAGUUAUACACACUAUAUAAAUCUGAGAGUCUUCUUUGUGGGCCAGCCAGCAGUCCAAAGAUCAUAUAUAGUCAUAAAGCUUUCUGUCAUCCAGAUCUUUCAUUGGGUAGAUUUAUGAUGGAGUAAUCUACCAAUGCUCUGUUGUAACUAUACUUAGUUGGGAAAAAUGUAAAUGACCCUUUCCAAUUAAAGCUUUCUUCAUUAUUCCUCAUACUUUCUUGACAGUGAUGAUAUGGAUAAUCUAGCAAUAAAAUACUUAGCUUCCAUAAUCUACUGUAGCUGAAGUGAAUACAUUAUUCUAUUAUUUACUUGGUGUGCCAAAGCAUUUCAUAGUACCUAAUCUUUUACAUUACUUUUGCACAUUUGCACAGACUUGAGAGCAUGAAGUGUCAAGAGCAACUGUAAUGCAAGAUCAUUUUUCAACUAUAGUCUGUUUUGUGGUCUCUGACACCGACCAAGAAAGAAAAAGGUUUUGGGAUGACAAACCUUGAAAGAAUUGUUGGAUUCAUAUUUGGUAUCCAUAUUAUAAGUUUAGGGAAAAGGUUAAUUUUGGCAGCAGUAUACCAUUUCUUUGGAGAGUUAUGACCAUUUCAACAGACUAUAGUACUGAUAAUUAAGUAGGAAAUAUUUUAGUAACCAUUUUGAAAAACAGUUCUGGCAAGUAUCCUUUACUGAUUUUUAUUUGACAGAUCUUAGCAUAAUUUCCUCCUUUUAUUUUCUUAUAAAUGUUUUUUUAUGUGAGCAGAAAGUAAUGUCUAAUAUAGUUACUUUAUUUUUGUGUAAUGUAAUGAUAAUUGUUAAAAUUGAAAAUCAUUAAAAAAGGUAUGCGUCAAGUGUAUAUUCCCCUGUAAUAAACACACUGUAGCAAAAAUACUUCCCGCUCCCAUAUUAUAAUAAUUGUAAAAUCUUUAUUAUAUUUUUGCAAUGGUUGUUUAUUGAUUUAUGCAUUAUCAUAUCAGUCUUAAAAGUAAUACAGAAGUUUCGACAUUUUCAUGAUUUAUUUGAAGAACAUGAUAUACUUUUAUUUAACCACGUGUUGCCAGGAUGACAAGAAUAUCUACUGUGUCUUUCUGUUUAUUGGUUGUCGUUACACAUUUAUAAUUCUACAAGUGUUUAAUCACCGAGUCCUACCUAGCUGACCUGUUUACCUUUUCCUUGGUUUUUGGUAAUUUCCUUUUUAUCAUAAAACAACAACAAUAAUAAGAAAAUUGAUAUUUGAUUUCACACACACAUACACACACACACACACACACACACACACACACACACACACACACACACACACACACACACACACACACACACACACACACACACACACACACACACACACACACACACACAGAGGCAGAGAAAUGGGGAAAGCAGUUGAGAAUACACAGGCUUGCUAAUAGCCUCCUUGGUGGUGGAUCACUUGUGGAAACAUCUAUGCGCAAAAUUCACAAAACAAAGCGACAGUAGACAGUGUGAUUCCCGGACACCAUUAAGUUAAAUGUAAUAUUGUCUAGUCUUUGAGCUUUGAUUCAAAUGAUAAAUUAAAUUUCUUAGUUUAUUAAGUCUGUUCAUUUCCCAAAGAGAAAGAAUCUUCCCUCUUUCAAAUGAUUUCUGUUUCUGCACAUAAAUGUAAUGCCAUGUGACUUACUUUAUUAGACAUCAUAUACUUACAAAAUAAGCUAUCACUGUGAUGUAAAUAAGUUUCAUCGUCUUCAUGUGUAGAAAGUGUAAACAGUGGGUUAAUGUAUUAUUUGUGCAUUGUACAUAGAAUGCAAACUGAAUAAAUAUAUAUUGUAUACA